CUUUCCGAAAUAUUUUCUUUGUUAAUUCCUUAUGUCUUCUGUUUGGAUGCCAAGAAAAUCCAGAAAACUAAAAAGGAAGACAACAUAGGGCCAAAACUUAUAGUUUGUGCUGUUGAAUGAAAACCCAAAAGCAAAGCAGCUUUAUUUUCCUUUCUUAUUUCAAUUAGAACUGAAACAAGAAGGAAAUUUAUGUUUAUUUUUUCUCCCUAGGAAACUCUCUUAGAAGUCAAAUGUUUUUUUUUUUUUGGGGUUUUAACAGAAAGGGUUGGAAAUUCGUAUAUGGGUUCGCAUUCAAAGGGUCGAUUUAAAGCAUGCACUGAGGAUAGGAUCAGUGGAUUACCAAAUGAAAUUCUUUGCCACAUUCUUUCCUUCCUUGAAACAGACGUGGCUGUAAAGACCAGCUUUUUAUCACACAGGUGGAAGAAUGUGUGGACUAAAGUUCCUACUAUAACUCUAUGGGAUUCCGAUUAUCGAAAUAGUUUUUACAGAGAUCGCUUUGGGGAAUUUGUGGAUCAUGUUCUGUUAUCGCGUGGCUCGUCAGACAUCCAUAGAUUCCAACUUCAUUGUUCUGAAUUUGAGGAUGAUUCUCGGUUUGAUGCUUGGAUUUGCCCCGCCGUUGAGCGUAAUGUUGUUGAACUGGAAUUUUCUGUUCUGUGUUAUCUUUGUGAGGAGUCCGGGAUGGAUUGGGAAGACUGGCUCUAUGAGUUUCCAAGAAGUCUUUACAUGUGCAAAACAUUGGUGGUUUUGAAGCUGAGGUUGCUAUCAGUUAUUACCAUCACUCCCACCUUAGAUUGUUUCCCAAGUCUCAAGGUUCUCCAUCUUACAAUCUGUCAUACUGAUACUGACUCAAUGGAGAAACCCAUUUCUUGUUGCCCUGUACUUGAAGAUUUGAUUAUAGUUGGAUCACUUGAAGAAUUUUCGUAUUUAGAAUUUAAUAUCUCUGCACUGAAACUAAAGAGCCUACUGAUUUAUUUGGAACCAUUUGGUAGAGAUAAGUACAACAUUUUUGUUAAUAUCAAUGCUCCAAAUGUUGAAAAUUUGGAAUCGUGGAUUAAGUUUUGGCGACCUAUUCUUUGAAGAAUUAAAAAUCCCUGAGCAAAGCCAAGAUUAAUUUUGGAUCGCUACACUGGUUUGAGGACCUUGAUGAUGACGACAUCCUUGAUUCUGCUGUCUGUGUGCAUAACCUGUUUGCCGAACUUCUCAAAGUUAAAGAUCGUUCACUUUCAGCUAAACUUUUGGGGACGCUGCUCUUGGAGAUUACUGACAAAGUUGCUCAAGAAAUCCCCCCACCUAAAACUCCUUGUCUUUCAAAUUUCGCGAACUGUUGGUGCUUACUACGGGAAGGAAUUCUUACUCCAUGUACCCCAUGUAUGGUGUCCGCCAAUGUGGGUACCUAUUUGCUUGUCAUCAUGCCUCAAGACCAUUUGCAUACGGGGAUUCAAGGGACGGCCGGAUGAGAUGGAAGUGGCAAAGUACUUGUUGAAGCAUGGUGAAGUCUUGAAUAACUUGAUAAUUUAUACUCCGUGAUUUCCCUGUAGAACACAUGAUGGAGUUAGGCCAGGAGAUUUCAAUGUUCCCUAGGCUUUGAAGGCUUGUCAAAUUGAAUUUCCAAAAUAGUGGUAUCUAGAUUUUUACUUGGAUUCCAUUUUCAAAGUUGUGAAGGGGUACUGUCUUUGUUGAUGGAAGUGCACAAGUGUUUUUGACUGUUCUUAUCUUCUGCUUUUAGCUUCUUUCAUUUUGGAGGAAUGAGUUAGGGAAACAUAUAUGUAUGGAAAGCAUACAUAACAUAAUCUGAUCAUUUAAUUAUUUUUUAGUUUAACUUGCUAAAGCUAGAGGUGCUACUACAUUUGCUUUGGCUAGUAACAUUGAUGAAAAAAAAAAAAA